AUGGCUAAAACAAGGAACAAUCCAACCGGUUGGCCCCCUUAUCGACUGCCUGCUCGCCGCUCUACUCGCCGGACCGUCGUCGGCGACGCAUCAUCCACCGCUCCCGUACUGCCAGCAGUCGCUCCAUCGAUUCACUACUCAACCCCCCUCUCGCCGGACCCCAUUGCUUUUGCUCCGCCGGCAACACAUUCAUCAACCGCCGGUGCCGGUCAAUCAUCCACCGUGCGGGUCGACUACGACGAGUAUCAUGCCAUUGUCACUCCGGUUAGUAUCACUCAAACUCCUCCCCUAUUUACCACCGUUUUCACCCCUUCCACCAUUAUUCACACCACCACCACCAUCGGCGUUGGUCCGUCUACUUCACGACCGCCGGCCGCCGCAACCCUUCCCACGCCAAGACCCCUUUUCCUAGCCCUAACUGUACCACCCUCUAUCACUCCUCUAUCUAACCCCAUCCCAGCACCGAUUAACCCUACACCCACUCAACAGCCCCCUAUUCCCCUUCCCUCAACACCACUCGGCCCACCCACUAUACACGAUUUUGACCUAAACCUUAAUGAUACCUUAGGGGAGGAGUUCCAUUUUGAUUUUGAAGCCAAUGCCUCCAACAAUCCCGAAGAUUUAUUCCCUUUUUCUGUUCCUGAGUCUUUAGACGAAUCACCACAGCAACCCCCUGAGACUCAAACAGAACAUGAACUUCCUGUUGAGGAAAUACUAGUCACUGCUCCCAUACCUGAAGACAGUGAUUAUGAGGAUGAGAUGGCCCAGGACUUAGAACAUGCUGAAGAUGUGGCCGAGGAAGAAGAGGAACAAGAGGAAAGGGAGGAUUUUGAGGAAGAAAUUCCAGAUGAGGAGGUUUUGGAAGUCAGUUAG